AAGCGUGGAACAUGUUUUACCUACACACCGUGACACUGCUUCGCUGCUUCGAGAAAUUCUCUGUCGCUGCUUCGCCGUCAUCAGCAACUGUAUAAAAGGCACCCGCCACUCUCUAGGCUGUUCAGAAGCUCGCCUACUGUUGUACUCGAGUCGUUCAAACACAAAGUUGUUCGGCCGUAACAAGUAACAGAAUUUUAGCUUCAAUCCAGUGUUUUGAUCCGUCAUGGCCAGCUACCCGAAGUCCAUUUUCAUCACCGGAGCAAACAGCGGCAUCGGUCUGGGAUUUGUCAAGCACGUUCUGGAGCAGGGCAAAGGCACGACGGAGCAUGUAUGGGCCACGCACCGCCGGCCACUCGGCGACGAGGCGACCCGCGAGCUGGAGCAACUGGCCAAGGACAACAGCGAUCGCCUGCACCUGAUACGUAUGGACGUCAGGCAGCAGGACACUAUCCGAGCGGCCGUAGAGGAGGUGGAGAAGGUGGUGGGCGCUGACGGUCUCAAUGUACUGGUGAGUAACAGCGGCGUAGCGGUCUACCAGUUUUCACUACAAGAGAUUACCGCGGAGACUCUGACGAAUCACGUGCAAGUGAACACCAUUGGCGCGUUCCUGGUGCUGAAGGAGUUCCACGGCCUGCUGAAGCGCGCCGCGGAAGCCAGCAAGGAGCAGCCGCUGGGAUGGAAGCGCUCCGCCGUCCUCUACACGUCCAGCAUCAUGGGCUCGCUCACGGAGAGCUCCGGAGACGGCCAGUUCGCGGUGCAGCGGAACCCGUUGUUCCGCACGUACAGCUAUCGCGCGAGCAAGGCGGCACUGAACAUGCUGGCGCACUCCAUGGCGCCGGAACUGGCGGAUGACGGUAUCGGCACGCUGCUCAUGCACCCGGGCUGGGUGCAGACCAACCUGGGCGGCGAUCAGGCUCCGCUGACCGUGGAGGACUCCGUCAGUGGUCUGGUCAGGAUUGCGCAGGCCCUGGACACCACGACCAACGGCAAGCACCUGUCGUACGACGGCGAGGUGCUGGCCUGGUAACCAUGCCGACCAUGUGUGGGAGUGUCCGACGGCGUAUCGUCGGGGCGCGGCGAGGAUGCGGCUGAUGCUUUCCUGUCGUACGCCCGCGACGUGUUGCGGUGGUAAUCAAACCGACUGUGGUGUGUAGUUAUCCAACGGCGUAGCCUGAUUGGACGCUAUCAGGAUGCAUGCGGGUGGUGCUAUCCUGUCAUAGUAGACAGGGUGUUGCCGCAGCAUGCCUACACAUACAUGUACCUCUGCAGCUAUGUUCUGCUUGCACUUGUAGCCAAUAUUGUUUUUGAGAACGUCUGCACGUACCGGUAUAAUUAUUAUUGUGCUCAUCUUUCUCCAAUGCAGCCUCUUACGUAUCAUGAUCAACUCUGCACUUCUCCCACUCCUAUUACAGUGUCUUCACAGCAAAUCCCUUUGUAUUCCACCACUGUACAUGAAUGCAGCCUGGUACCUCAGGCAUGGUGGCCGUCCUUUUCUAGGAAACUUCUUUUAUAUUAAAGCUGGUUUCUUUUCUAGCCGAUUAUAACGCGGAUGUUCAAACUUUUACUUUACUUCGCUUCAUAGUUAGUAGUAGCUCAAACUGGUAGUGGUCCAGUACGAGUGCUGGAACUUCUCUUUCUUUUCCCCUUUUUUGUGCAUAUUGACAGCAGACACGCGAUGUGUUUCUGCUCUUUGCGUUGAUGGUGUAAUAAAGACCACUAGUGCUGUACCAGUAGUAUCGCACAUCCGUG